CAAUGGGCGUUAAUACGAUUCCAAUGGAGUUUCCCAUCUCUUCAAAAGUAUAUUUGGUUUAUCCAGAUGUUCGUUUCCGGGUGCACUUUCUAUCGCAAUCCGGUUCGGAAUAAGGACCGGGGGGCGGGGGGUUCUACAAGAAAGCCCCAAAACCCGACCUCCAACAGGUUUUUCAAGCGAUUUUUUAAGUGGUCUUCACUCCGAUUGCAUAUGCCACGGGCCCCCGCGUGGGUGCACUGCACCGCGCUCAACGGUGGCGCGAUUCUGACUGAGUUAGCAUGCUAGCUAGCAAAAUGUAUUUAUACUCCACCCCUCUCCAACCGGCUGUCAAUACCCCAUAGUUAGGGGUGAGCUGUAAAAACCAACUUCUCUAUUGGACUUUUCCGUUGAAAAUCCUCCCCAUCAUCUCCAUCCACCCCGCUGGAAGAUUGUUGCAUUGGGAGGGCCAUAACAAGAAGAGUGUAUUCUGGUAGGAUCCCAGUUUCGGAUUCGGGAUUUAAGGCCCACAAGGGGGUUGGGGUGUUAAACCACAAUCAUUUGAUCCCUAAACCACCCAUGCCUGGCAUCUCGGUCAGUGUUUUGGUCAUUUUUAAUACAAAUGAUUGCCUUUUAUUUUAUGUAAAUAGUGCCAGUUCCUGAUUUUAGCUAUCUACCUCAACACUCCAUUUUCAUUCUCCUCCCAGACGUCUUAACACUAGCAGUAUCUGACGGCCCCUCGUCUCCCCUUAUCCAUCAUCAACCUCGGUGCGCAGCGCACUGUGGUCAUCUCUCGCGGGGGGAAAUAUCAGAUAACAGGAACCUCCUUACUCGGACAAAGCGAGACCCACAGGCUCCGACAAGAGGACGGUGAUCUGUGUUCCCUUUCCAAGUAGCAAUCGAAUCCUCAAAACAGACCGGGCUCCGGUGCUCGCCAUGCCCGGCCCGGCGGCCGGCAGUAAAUCUCGGGUGUACGCCGAUGUCAACACUUUGAAGAGCAGGGAAUAUUGGGACUACGAAACCCACGUGCCUAACUGGAGUAACCAGGAAGACUACCAGUUGGUGCGGAAGCUUGGCAGAGGGAAGUACAGUGAGGUCUUUGAGGCCAUCAACAACAAUGAGAAGGUGGUGGUCAAGAUCCUCAAGCCUGUCAAGAAGAAGAAAAUCAAGCGUGAAAUCAAGAUCCUGGAGAAUUUGCGAGGUGGAGCCAACAUCAUCCGAUUGGUGGACACAGUGAAAGACCCUGUGGAGCUCUACCAGAAGUUAACAGAUUUUGAUAUCCGUUUUUACAUGUAUGAACUACUUAAGGCUCUGGACUACUGCCACAGUAUGGGGAUAAUGCACCGUGAUGUCAAGCCCCACAAUGUGAUGAUUGACCACCAGAUGAGGAAGCUACGUCUAAUAGACUGGGGCCUUGCAGAGUUCUACCAUCCUGCACAGGAAUACAACGUCAGAGUAGCGUCUCGCUACUUUAAGGGACCUGAGUUACUGGUGGAUUACCAGAUGUACGACUACAGUUUGGACAUGUGGAGUCUUGGCUGCAUGCUGGCCAGUAUGAUCUUUCAGAAAGAGCCCUUCUUCCAUGGCCAGGACAAUUAUGACCAGCUGGUCCGAAUUGCCAAAGUCCUGGGGACAGAUGAACUUUUUGGUUACCUGCGCAAAUACCACAUUGAACUGGACCCACGCUUCAAGGACCUUCUUGGCCAACAGACGCGGAAACGCUGGGAGCAAUUUGUCCAGACCGAGAACCAGCACCUGGUGAGCCCUGAGGCUCUGGACCUGCUGGAUAAGCUGCUGCGCUACGACCAUCAGCAGAGACUGACGGCCACAGAGGCCAUGGAGCAUCCCUACUUCUAUCCUGUGCUGAAGGAACAGUCUCUCUCUAAUGCGGAUGUCAAUAUGGUGUCCAGUGGAUCCGCUACGGCUCGAUGAAAGCAGAAGAACAUUUGUUACCUCGACUUUUUAGCCCUUUGUGGCAGAAACUUCAAGUGUACAGUGAAAAUGGAUCAGAGCAACACCAGACACACACCCUCCUUCUCUUUGUCAGUGUAAGGUUGGCUUGCCCCAGUUUCAUGUCAAGCAGCCAGACCAAUGAGCUUGGUGUCUCACUGCUGCCCCUGUCCUGCUCUGCCCCUACUCUUAUCAUGAGGUAAACAGAAAAUGUUCAAAGACAAGAAAAAAAGGAUCCUUCCCUGUCAUUAUCCCCCCCCUUUGGCCCCCCUCCCUCGUUUAACUAAGCAUGGAGAAUGAAAAGGAACGUGAGCCUGCCCCCCCCCUCCUUGGUCAGUCUGUCUGUUCAUCUAUCUGUUCAGUAUUCAGCCACUUGGCAGGCCUACGCUCAGCCUCCACACACUGUAGUACCAAAGUGUUAUGGUGGACCUUUUCUCUGCUCUAGGUAGAAUGAUAAUAUGAUUAAAAACAAUAAUUUUUUUA